UCUACUUCAAACUGACAGCUUGUUUUUACUGACUGUCAUCUUGAGACUGAGUAAAAUGUUUCGUUUUAAACUUAUUUUCAUACGUAAUUGUGAGAUCAUUUUAAGUCUUUAAUUCACUUUUUUCAUAGAGCGCAAUGUAAAAUUGGUAUGAUCAUUUUUUUAAAAGCAAAUAUUUUAAAGAAAAUAUAUCAAUUAAUAUGAGUUAUCAGGACGAAUACGUUGGUUCGUUUCCUAAGGAUUUCAGUUAUGGUCCCUUUGAACAAAAUGGUGAUAGUGAUAAUGCAUCUCUGCAGGAAGACCAUAAACCUCGAAUUCUACUUAUGGGACUUCGCAGGUCAGGGAAGUCAUCUAUUCAAAAAGUUGUCUUUCACAAAAUGUCACCUAAUGAAACAUUGUUUUUGGAAUCUACCAACAAAAUAGUUAAAGAUGAUAUAAAUAAUAGCAGUUUUGUGCAGUUUCAAAUAUGGGACUUUCCUGGUCAAAUUGACUUUUUUGAUCCAACUUUUGAUUCUGAUACCAUUUUUGGUGGAUGUGGUGCUCUAGUGUUUGUAAUAGAUGCCCAGGAUGAUUAUCAAGAUGCAUUGGAUAAACUGCAACUCACCGUUACCAAGGCAUAUAGAGUUAAUAGUAAUAUAAAAUUUGAGGUGUUUAUUCAUAAAGUGGAUGGCCUUAAUGAUGAUUACAAAAUGGAAUCACAAAGAGAUAUCCACCAUCGUGCAACAGAAGAUCUGGCAGAAGCAGGCCUGGAGCAUGUUCAUCUAUCAUUUCACCUAACUUCUAUCUACGAUCAUUCUAUAUUCGAAGCAUUCAGUAAAGUUGUCCAAAAGCUGAUACCGCAAUUGCCUACAUUAGAAAAUCUUCUAAAUAUACUCAUAUCAAAUUCUGGUAUUGAAAAAGCAUUCCUCUUCGAUGUAGUAUCCAAGAUCUAUAUAGCAACUGACAGUUCUCCAGUAGAUAUGCAAAGUUAUGAAUUAUGCUGUGAUAUGAUUGAUGUUGUUAUUGAUAUUUCAUGUAUAUAUGGGAUGGUAGAUGAAACUGAAGUAAACACAUUUAACAGUCAGAGUUCUAGCCUUAUAAAGUUGAAUAAUGGAACUGUGCUGUAUUUGAGAGAAGUUAAUAAAUUUCUUGCACUUGUCUGCAUUCUCCGAGAAGAAAACUUUCAAAAACAAGGCGUGAUUGAUUAUAAUUUUCUGUGCUUCCGGGAUGCGAUUACUCAAGUCUUUGAGUUGCGUAGUAAAUCUCAAAACGCAGCGAAGAAUCGAUCUGAUAUUGAGCUCCUGGCCAAUGGUGCUGGAGAUUCAACUGAGACUACUACAGAUAAUCUGCAAGUCCAAAUACCAUAGCACAAUAUACAUUAUUGUUAUUUUUAUUGUAUAAACUGUAGAAAAAUUAUCUUUGUAAUAUAAUUCGUUUGUACUACAGCUUAUUCCAGAUAUAUCCAUAGUACUACAAUUAUUGUAAAGAAUAUUUAAAUAAAAGGAACAUUAUUUUUAUUGUA